AUGUCUCGAUGUGGUUCAAUACAUAACCACGACAUUCUUAUACAGGGUAGAUUACCACACGGUAUGUCUUCAUAUGGUUCAAUACAUAACCACGACAUUCUUAUACAGGGUAGAUUACCACACGGUAUGUCUCUAUGUGGUUCAAUACAUAACCACGACAUUCUUAUACAGGGGACAUUACCACACGGUAUAUCUCAAUGUGGUUCAAUACAUAACCACGACAUUCUUCUACAGGGGACAUUACCACACGGUGUUUCUCGAUGUGGUUCAAUACAUAACCACGAUAUUCUUAUACAGGGGGCAUUACCACACGGUGUGUCUCAAUGUGGUUCAAUACAUAACCACGAUAUUCUUAUACAGGGGACAUUACCACACGGUAUGUCUUCAUAUGGUUCAAUACAUAACCACGAUAUUCUUAUACAGGGGACAUUACCACACGGUAUGUCUCUAUGUGGUUCAAUACAUAACCACGAUAUUCUUAUACAGGGGACAUUACCACACGGUGUUUCUCGAUGUGGUUCAAUGCAUAACCAUAGAUAA